UAGAGCCAGGGCCCUCCUCGAUUUUUCUUUUUUCAAUUAUCUCCAUCAUUCUUAAUCUGAUUAAACUUCUCACUUGAGUAACUUCCAAGACACACACACACACUCACUCUCAUCCCCGCCUGUCUACUUGUCAUCUCUCUGAGAAAACAAAUGAAAAAAAGUGAAGCUUCUUCAUCUUCACCACGCUCAACCUUAUAAUCAUUUACACCGUCUCUCUAAAGCAACCCUCUUUACCAAACCCACCUCACCUUCUCUCUAAAUAGCAACCCUCCUUUUCCCAUUUUUAUAUUCCAUCUCCCUCAUUUUUUUUUUCGGCAUUCCCCAUUAGCAAAAAUGGCUCGUCUCUUCCGAUCCAAAUCUUGCGGACUCGUCGGACUCACCGAGUUCACCGUCGCUCCUCCGACCCAGUUCUGCCAAAACCAUGAAGACGAAACAGAGAGAGAAGAAGAAGAAGAAGAGGAAGACGAAAAAGGGUCUGAAUUUGAUGAAGAAGAAUCGUGUGAGGUGUCGACCCCAUUUCUCAGUCCGAUGAGCAGAGCCAAUGGGACUCAUAAAGGUCGAGGCUUUAACAGUAGUGGGCCGCAGAACAACCAGUUUGCGAUCAUGGAUAUUCUGGUGGCUGCUCUGAGGAAGUCUCUGAUUACUUGCAGUGUGGAGACGGACGACGUGGCGUCCUCCUUUGAUAUAAGUUCACCUACCGAGGUGAGGCAUGUUUCGCAUGUGACCUUUGAUAGGUUUAAUGGGUUUCUGGGUUUGCCUACUGAGCUUGAGCCUGAGGUUCCCAGGAAGGCACCUAGUGCUAGUGCUAGUGUGUUUGGGGUCUCUGCUAAGUCGAUGCAGUGUUCUUAUGAUGAUAGAGGAAACAGUGUGCCAACAAUACUUCUUAUGAUGCAAAAGCGAUUGUACGCAGGAGGAGGCCUUAAAGCAGAAGGAAUAUUCAGAAUAAAUGCUGAAAAUAGCCAAGAAGAGCGUGUUCGGAACCAGUUGAAUAGUGGUGUAGUGCCACAUGGAAUUGAUGUUCAUUGCUUAGCAGGUUUAAUAAAGGCAUGGUUUAGAGAGCUUCCGACACGGGUACUUGAUUCUCUUACACCAGAACAGGUGAUGCACUGCAACACAGAAGAUGACUGCACAGGACUUGUAAAGUCACUUCCUGCAACGGAAGCAUCACUGCUAGAUUGGGCCCUCAAUUUGAUGGCAGAUGUUGCGCAGAAUGAACAACACAAUAAGAUGAAUGCUCGCAACAUUGCCAUGGUUUUUGCUCCGAACAUGACAGAGAUGGCAGAUCCUUUAACAGCACUGCUACAUGCAGUGCAAGUUAUGAAUUUCCUCAAGACACUAAUCUUAAAGAUCCUGCGCGAAAGAGAGGAAUCAGCUGCUGCUGAGGCUUCGCAGAGCUCAUCUUGCUCAAAAUCUCCCAACCGCAACUAUGAUCUUCCUUAUUCCAUUAUGGGACAUGUUCAGGAGAACUCAUUGAGGACAACCACUAUGGACAUACCUGAAGCCUGCAUUGACGAGAAACUUUGGUGCUCUCCUGUAAUGAGUGAUGAGGAAGAGGAAAUCGAAUCCGAUUCCAAUAGUAGCCCAUCUAGCAAGCAUGAACUUGAGUGUUCGGAAACUGUUUGUAGAUCAGGUGGAUAUGAAGCUGGAGACUGGUUAAGUUUGAGGAAAGGAGUGCGGAAGCUGUGCAGCCACCCGGUCUUUCAGUUGAGUAAGCCGGCUAAGAAGACUGCAAAUGUUGGGAUUGUAAAUACUAGGGGAGGAGAUGGAGAAGCUUGGGCAUAGAAAUGAGAAAGCUGGGAAGUAUUUGCAUUUGUUCAUAUGUUUGUGGUUUGUGUAAAACAUGUUAGUAUAGAUAUCAGGGUUUUGGUUGAUUCUCUAGUCAGAUAAAAUGUUUGGAAGGAACUAACUAGAGGGGUCUAGUUAAAUAGUGGGACUCUUUCAAGGACAGCCUUGCACCAUUUAAUUCAUAACUCUGUGUGGUUUAAUAACAGUGAUGGAGAUUUUGAUUGAAGUGAAAGGUUGGUGCUCUUGCAGAUUGUGAUGCAAAAGGGUAUUUUCUUU